UAAAUUAGAGUUCAGACAAGAUGAUUGUAAUGUGUAAUGUGAUAAGAAAAUAUAAAAAGAGAUUUAUAAUAAUACAUAAAUUAAAAAUAAAGUCAAUUCGUUGUUUGGAAAUAAAAAGCCGAAGUUGCCGACGGUGCACUUGAUGUGAGUACCUCGACGUCCCGUGCGGGCGGGAACGUGAGCCCAGUGACAACAUGAGACAAUUCAGCUCAUCAAUCAGCACAAAAACGUUGCUGCUGAUAAUUUGGCGAGUGUGCAAUGUCCUCAUGUCGUUAUUCUUCGGCCUUGCAACGUACGUGCAGAUUAACGACCCAGACUAUGCAUUGUGGAUGGUCGGUUACGGCGUUCCCGCGCUCCUGUGUGCACUUAUUGGCCUCAAACACCAGGUGACAGAGACGUUGCCAUGGAGACGUGUGGCCGACCUCCACAUGACAAUGUGCGGUGGAUUCCUUGUAAUGAUGGGAUGGAAACUCUCUAAAGAGAACCCAGCAGACGUCUUCCAGCAGGAAGAGGGCAGAGAGAUGUCUGGCCUCAUGCUGACGGUGAUGUGGCUUAUCCUGUGUCGGCACUCUGGAAGGUCCGCUGUGGGCAAGCUGAGAGUGUCCGCGGGCGUCCUCAUCACCAUCUUCCCCUUCGUGUGCUGGUACCACGUGCACCACAAGAACAGGUCCAGCUGGCCCACACACUGCACCACUGCCAUUUAGCAAGCGACAACAGGUCAACGCAGUCCACUGACCAUCAAUGAACCAAUGAAGAAGCACUUUAAUGUUUUGCAUCGGAAUUUGUGCUGUAUUAUAAUUACUUUCACUGUAUGAUUUAUUUGAUUAAAACGUGAAUUGUUGACUAUUUACUAGCAAUGUCAUGGAGAGAUGUGGCGUUCAUGAACGAAUUGAGUCUUUUGAGUGAACGAUGAGAACCGUUCUUUUUGCAUUUGCAAAUUUAGCGUCGAUAAUUGCCAAUGAGUCAAAGAACAUUUUUUUAACCUUAAAUGUUUCUAUAUAUAUAUUUUAACAUUUGGACUCAAUUUCCAGGGUAAUCAUUGUAGAGCAUACUUGCCAACCUUGAGACCUCCGAAUUCGGGAUUUGGGGGUGGCGGGGAGUAUAUUUAUAGCUAGAAUCCAUUCAAUACAUAGGAUUUCAACAGGAUCUACCCCAGUCUGCUGACGUUCAAGCAGAGUAGUAGAUUUUUGUAAAAAGCUCUUAAAAUUGUAAAGGACAAUGUUUUAUCAACUGAUUGCAAUAAUGUAAAUUUGUUUUAACUAUUAAAUGAACCAAAAAUAUGACUUAUUUUACACACAAUUCUUUUUAUUUUUUUAUAAAUGUCUAAUGAUAAUGUCAAUGAGGGUUUUUUAAUCACUGCUAUGUUGAAAUUGUAAGUAAUAUUGAUAAUGUUGUUGAUAUUAAUUUUUGUUUCACUACUUUUGGAUUGUUCUGUGUCGUGUUUGUGUGUCCUCUCAAUUGCUCUGUUUAAAGAAAAAUGCUUGAA